CCCUUUGCACUUUUGCUCCCAAGAUAUUUAUUUUUAUAUUCAGAAAAUACAAAUAUCUUUCCCAGUAGCCCAGAUUCUCGAGUCCACCUCUCCAACGCAUUCAACGGUCCCAUUACUCUCCGCGACAGACCAAUCCCUGAUUCCCACGCCUACGCUUCACACCCCUCGGCAUCAUUCCUACGAAAAUGCUCGCCAUUUACGAGCUCGGCAGUUCCUUCCUCCGUUACCGCCGUCCGUCAAUUCUCUCUCCAUAAAACCAGAUGAAUUUGAUUCUCCUUUUUUUUUUUUUCGUUUUUUAAUUAAUUUUCCCCCAAAAAGCUUGAAAAAUCGAAUAUUAUCGAUAAAUAUCUACCUAUAUAUAUAGAUAUAUGUAUGUAUCGUAAGUACAUACACUUGAGGCCGGAGUGGUGGUGAGUGGUGGAGUUGGAGCAUGGAGAACACGUCACGAGCCCUAAAGAAGCAAUCGAAACGAAGCAUCGGAGGAGGAAGCCGUUUCAGUGGCGGGAGGAAGCAAUACGAGAGCGAAAAGGAAGAGGGAGAGGAAGGCGGCGGCGAGGAGUGUGAUCAGGAGGCGUGGGAGACGCUGAGCAAGAGUUUCCGAGAUGUUCAGACGGUGCUGGAUCAGAACCGGAAUCUGAUUCAGCAGGUCAACGAGAACCACCAGUCGAAGCUUCCAGAUAACAUCUCCAGGAACGUGGAUCUGAUUCGAGAGAUCAACGGGAAUAUCUCCAAAGUCGUUGGAAUGUAUUCCGAUCUCUCCGUCAAUUUCUCCGGCAUCGUUCACCAGCGCCGCUCUGGAGGCCGGGAAGAGUAGCAAUCACACCGAUCGAGCUCAGUCCUCACUGGUCAACUUACCUGAUUUGGAAACUACAGUACGUAAUCUUCGCUUCAAUUGGAUGACUUUUUCUUUCACUUUUACGCUUUAAGCUAAGGUCUUCGAGUCUGUACUAGUCCAUUGUUUCUUUUCUGAAUAAGGUUGUUGAAUUGUUGUUGUAUAUUGUCACAUAAUUGGUAUCUAUGUGUCCAACACUGUUCGUUCAAUUUGGACGGUAAAUCAGUAAAUGUGAUGCUCCAUUGUACGUCUUCUGUGUAAUCUUAUUGACGUUUGUUUUGUCUGCCGCACUGCUAA